AUGGAGCUCACACGGGCUAUUGCAUGUCCACCAGGAUGGAAGCUUCCGAAGGUGCUGGCGUUCUUUCGAAGAGCGGCCGCCGUAAAUAGAGAAGGCGGAACGCCGAUGCAAGUUGUGCAUUGCGCAUUGUGCAUGGACGUUGGAAAGGCUGGCAAGCCGCGGGUCUGGUGCUGGGGUUCCUGGGGGUAUUCGAGGCCUUCGAGGUUCAGGAGGAACGUUAUGGCAUGGCGCAUUGGGCUUCUCGGCAUGAACUAUUCUGAUGGGCGAGGCGUCGACGGUGCCUGGGAGUCUGCUUACCAGCCUUGCCUUGUCGAGGAAGAUGCGAGGCGGUCCGCGCGCCCGAUCAAUUUCAACGACAGCUAG